CUUUCUGACUAGUCGUAAUUACAUUUUGGAUAGUUGGAAUUGUAAUUCAAGAUAUCUGUAACGUAAUUGUGACUAGUCAAAACGACAGAUAGAGAUAUCUGUAAUUCAGUUUUGACUAGGCAAAACUGAAUUACAGAUAUCUGCAAUGACGUCAUUGAAAACGACAUUCAACUCGUCACACAUCUUAAAUGACAAUUGCAGAUAUCUGUACUUCAGUUUUGCCUAGGCAGAAUGAAAGUUAAAGAUAUCUCAAACGUCAUUACGACUAGUGCAAAUUUUUUGUGCAUGACGUUGCUCUAUUUUAGAUAUCCAUAAAUACGUAAUUUCCCUUAAGGGCAUCAUUUCCUUAUUUCUAUGAACAGAAGAAGAAAGAAGCAGUCAUGGCGUUGGCUGUAAUCGAAAAAAACACCAGAAAAUGGCAUGAAAUUCAACGAGCCCUCACACAGGGGAUUUGUGGAGAGAGAGAACGUCGUUCUAUUGAAAACUGUGAAAGAAAUCUCGGAAGAAUUGAGCAUUUGCUAUCACCAGACACAAACAAUGAACUCAAAAGCAGUUUGGCUCAACUGAAAACUCUAAUAGACGCAAAUUUCCAUGCUGGGGAAGACAGACGUUUUUCUGUCAGGCGCACUAGUUCAGGGAGAAGAGGCCGACCAGCCAUUGAUGUUACCAGAGAACACAUUGAAUUUCUGCUGAAGCAAGGCCAUACAAUUUCAAAAACUGCUGAAAUACUGGGAUGCUCCUCAUCAUUUCUGUACAAGAAGUCAAAGUUGUUGGGUAUACCUGUUAGAAGUAUGCUGUCUGCAAUAGAUGAUGGUGACCUAGAACAACAUGUGAGGCAACUUCAGAGCCAAUAUCCUAAUUCUGGAAAUGAGAUGAUAAGAGCCCUGUUGCGUGCACAGGGUGUGCUUGUUACACGGUCCAGGGUCCGUGAGAUGUUGACACGGGUCAAUCCUACUGCUGCUGCAAGGAGAUGGAGCCAGACAGUUGCAAGACGUGUUUAUCAUGUACCUUACCCCAAUAGUUUGUGGCACAUUGAUGGGAACAUGCGUCUCAUAAGAUGGGGUUUUGUGAUUCAUGGUGCAAUUGAUGGAUACUCCCGUCUGAUUACUUACCUCAACUGCAGCACAGACAAUCGUGCCACAACAGUGCUUUCUCAGUUUUUGAAAGCAACAUGCCUCUAUGCCCUACCAUCAAGAGUCAGAUCUGACCAUGGUGGUGAAAACAUCCUUGUGGCUUUAUUCAUGCAUCUAGUUCAAGGACUUGAACACAGAGGUUUCAUAACCGGACGAUCAGUUCACAAUCAGAGAAUUGAACGCCUUUGGCGUGAUGUAUUUUUGCAUGUGUUGCAGCACUUUUACCUUAUGUUCUACUCCUUAGAGGAUUCAGAGGUUCUAAACCCAGAUGAUGAUGUCCACAGACUUUCACUGCAUAUUGUUUAUCUUCCUGAGAUUCAAAAAAAGACUGGAGCAGUUUAGACAGGCCUGGAACCUCCAUCCGUUGCGAACAGAAAAUAAUCGCACACCAUCUCAAC